UGGAAUAUCUAUAUGCUGAUUGUCUUGUGGAGUGGCAAACGGAAGCUCGCUUGGGGGAACGGGCUGCGAAAGAGAAAGAUGUCUCUGGCCACCUUCUACUUCGUGUUGCCCCUAAUGGAAGUGCUCUUGUCCGCAGAAGUGAGCGGGCUGCUUGGCGGGGAGCGUCUCGACUGUGUGAAAGCCAGCGACCAGUGUCUCAAGGAGCAGAGCUGCAGCACGAAAUACAGGACACUAAGGCAAUGUGUAGCUGGCAAAGAGAGCAACUUCAGUCGGGCAACAGGCCUGGAGGCCAAGGACGAGUGCAAAAGUGCCACGGAGGCUCUCAAGCAGAAAUCACUCUACAACUGCCGCUGCAAGAGGGGCAUGAAGAAGGAGAAAAACUGCCUCCGUAUUUACUGGAGCAUGUACCAAAGCUUACAGGGAAAUGACUUGCUUGAAGAGUCACCUUAUGAACCAGUUAACAGCAGACUAUCGGACAUAAUGAGACUAGCACCAGUUCUGUCAG